AUGGAUGCCGAGGCCAAAAAUCUCACUGCCUCGAUCUCGGCGGAUCGAAAGAACCUCGACGACGCUCUCUACAACUAUCGAUCGUGGUGCAACUCGACCGAUAGAUCUUCGGACAUCGAACUCUCCUCUAUCGAGAGCCGCCUCAUCCUCUACCUCACCUACCGGGUUGAAACCUCUGUGCAUAAGAACGGCGACGGUCAAAUCGUCUGUAUGACCUGGCCAGAGCUCAAAGGAUGUACCAUGGACAUGCGUUCCGUCGUCUACGACAAUCUUGCAACCGCGAGGCACGAUAGGAAGACUUCCAAGAUGACGGUCAUCGACUGGGCUCUUAAGAUUCAUCUCUUUGACCUGAUGACCUACUAUCCGGUUGUCUACACUGCGGAGACGUUUCGUACCGACCCUUCGGUCGAGGAGGUCGAUCCAGACUCGCUGAAAGACGAAUUCGACGAAUUCAUCGGCCAUAUGCUCUGGCUAAAGCAGGAAGCUCGUCACGAAGGUUUUAUGAACGAAAUUUUCAACCCCCUUGAUUGCGAUGCGACUGAGAAACAGCGGGAAAGAGCGGUGAAUCGGCUUGUCCUAAAGAGACGAGCUGAGACGUGGAAAGCGCAGUUGAUGAUCAACACCGCCGAUCAUAAGGGAGCUGAAGGAAGUGGAAGUUGCAGGGCUAAGACCGAGAACAGGUACAACACAUCGAUUAAGGAUCAAGCAACCACAAUCCUAUGUUACAUGCUCAAUAAAGGAUUGCAUCAUACGUCGAUCUUGACGAACCGUAUCGCCAAUCAUCCGAUCGGAAACAGUGAGGCCGAAAAGCGUGACACUGCCGAGACGUGA